AUGGGUCGACGUAAACUUACGAUCGCAGAAGUAGAGGUUUCUAAGCAAAACAGACGAGUCAAAGAAAGAGAAAAUCAACGUAGAAGGCGAGAAAUUGCUCGACAAGGAAUUACUGAUUAUCAUCGUAUUUCAGAGGAUAAUAUAGUUGAAAAAGAUUAUUUAGGAUUAAUGAAUAUUUUAUGCAAACACUGCCAAGCCAAUCAUUUCAAAGAUGAGAAAGUUUCAAAUAAAGGAUUAUCAUUCAAUGACUGCUGUGGUCAUGGAACGGUAACGUUGGAUCCAUUCCCAGAUUUUCCACGUGAACUUUUGACUUUAUUCAAUGGAGAACACAAUCAAUCAUCAAUUUUUUUCAAUCACAUACGAAAUUAUAAUAGUUCUUUAUCAUUUGCUUCAUUUAAUGCUAAUUUAGUUAAUUUUCAAUCGCGUCGAUCAGCUCCAUACUGUUUUAAAAUUCAAGGCCAAAUCUAUUAUCAAAUAAAUACAGCUUUAUAUCCUAGCGAUGGUGAAAAUCCGUCGUAUGGACAACUUUUUAUAAUCGAUCAAAACGAAGCUAUAGAUUAUCGAUUGCAACAAAAUCCCCUUAUAGAUUAUGAAUUAAUGUCAAUUUUAGAUAAUAUUAUUCGCAAUGAGAACAGUUAUGCCAAAUCUUAUGAAAUGAUGAAAGAUGAAAUUAGGAUACAACAGCUAAUAACAGAUAUGAGAAAUGAUUCUUCCCCUUCGGAACUUCAAUUAUUAUUUUCAUUGAAACCUGGUCAAGAUAGUCGUAGAUAUAAUUUUCAACAAGUCAAUGAAGUUGCUGCAAUAUUUUCAACAACUGCUGACGGAGAAAUAUCUGAAUCAUACAUUACCAUAAGAAAUAAGAAUACAAAAAACUUAGAAAUAGUUAGUUCUUUGGAUCCUAACGUAGAACCAUGGAUUUACCCUUUAUUUUACCCAUAUGGUACACGUGGUUGGCAUACAAACAUGUAUCGUGAAAAUUCUAAUCGUAAAAUUACACGUUUAGAUUAUACUAAAUAUAAAAUAGCUAUUAGAGAAGAUGAAUUUAAUCCUAUUAUACGAGGACGAAGAUUAUUCCAACAAUGGGUUGUAGAUAGUUAUGUAAAAAUUGAAAAAGAUAGAAUUCAAUACUGCAAAAAUCAUCAAAAAGAAUUACGAGCUGAUACGUACAAAGGAUUACAUGAUCACAUAAGUAAUAGUGCAAAUGAUAUUAAUGGUCACGUAGGCAAGACUAUAAUUCUUCCUUCAUCGUUUACUGGCACACCUCGGUACAUGCAACAAUGUUAUCAAGAUGCAAUGGCUAUUGUUAAUGAAACAGGAAAACCAGAUAUUUUCCUCACAAUGACUUGCAACCCAAAUUGA